AUGACGCUUGCUCUCAGCUCGUUGUUCCUCCUUUGUGGGAUCAGUGGACUGUUGACUGGAGUCGUGUUCAUUGACCACAGCACACAUUUGUCAUAAAGGCUGCCAUGGAGGAAUGUUCUUCGGAGUGUGUGUCCAACCAAACAUGACUUUCGCAUUGACUGAUUUAUCAAGCAUGGAUUUCAACAGUACGCUUACUGCUUAUCAGAUUGAUAUUCUCUCUACUGUGUAUUUGCUCUCAUUAACACCCAGCGUGAUUGGCAGCUGUUCUGUGCUGGUGGUUUCCAUGGUGAGAUGGAGACAUCUCAAAGAACAGGUGCACCUCCUGGUCCAGCUGUCCCUAGCAGACCUUGCGGCUGCUCUGAUCCUGAUGUUCACCAGUGCCAUGAACAAAGUCCCCGACAACAACAACAACGUGACAGUCUGCCAAUACUGCCUGCCUCUGUCAUUGACAUUUUAUCUGAUCUCAUUCCUGCUGGUGGCAGUGUACGCAUGGAAGUCCAAAAACCCCAUCAAAGGAUGGAGAGCGAUGCCAGCUGAGGAGGAGGGAAGGCAGAAUCCCCGCAGAAGUCAACUAUUAUCUUUACCAGUCUACGUAUACGUGUGGUUGAUCCCUGCUGCUGUGUACUUAGCGUAUGUGCUCACGCCUUUCAUCAAAUCCACUCCGCUGAUUCCUGACCCCCGAAGUGUCACCAUCCAGGACCAAGCUAAAUAUUGCACCAGUUGUGUUUUGUUUUUACACAUCUGGAUUGAUUCCUGCUCGGAUGCGGAGAUAAUCCAUGACACUUUUUUGCGAGUCUUUCUGUUCCUGGUGGUGAUUCCUGUGAUGUUGUCUUGCUCCGUUAUUUACCAUAAGGUGGGUAGGUGGUAUGAAGAGCACCAACAGGAAACUCUUUUCCCAGUGGAAGGAGAUGGACGCUCCAGCAGAAGAUUGAAAAGCGUCUUCUCCACAGCCAGAAACAUGGUCAUGGUCAUUUUGUUCUGUUGGGCACCAGCCCUGCUUGUCAUUUUGCUGUCAACCUUGAUGGUGUGGCCUGGCGUUGAACAGCGCAGCCUGUUCGCCGCCUACAUUAUUCAGGCCGCCAGCGUGUCCUUACAGGGCUUCCUCAACAGUUUGGUGUACGCGUGGGGCCGCCCAAACUUUACGCAGGCCCUCCUGGGGGAGAGCACGCCCCUGGUGGCGUACAGACACAUGGCCUUCUUUGACGAGUCACUAAAGAGUGACAUCGGGCAUGAAAGCAAGACAUUUUUCCAAUAAGAAGGAACUGAGGCUGGAAGGAAGCGAAGACCAGACGGAGGAUGUGCAAAGACUGGUGCAGUGUUGUCUUGCUGAAACUGAUGGGUUGCUGUUCAGUGUGAUCAAACCUUUACAGAUUAAAACGGAUUAAACUUG